ACGCGAAACACUCAACAGAUCCUGCUAUACGUAUCUUCUUCAGCUUCUUCCUAGACAGGCCCUUUCCUUCUCCGAGCAGAACGCCAGAGGCGACUCCCAAUAGAUAAGAUCGGACAGCAAACGUGGUAUUCACGUCACAGAAACGAGGCUGCGCAUAGCUGAAACAAAGCGUCCAACGCACAUGUCAUCUCACUUACGAAGAUGCAGAGACAUAUAUUGGACCAUCCCGUCUAUCAAAAAUACCUUCAAGCGCAAAAACAGUCAGAAUCUCCACCAGACUACGCCGCCAUGCCUCCAAUUCCCGCAGCCGAUCUCCAGUCCUUCUCUGAGCAUCUUCAGAGAAGCACCAGAAUCCUCGCCCUUCUAGGCGCCGGACUAUCUGCCUCCUCUGGACUACCUACUUUCCGAGGCGCAGGUGGCAUGUGGAGAACAUUUGACGCAAUGUUACUGGCGACGCCUGGAGCAUUCAAUGAUAAUCCCGGAUUGGUGUGGCAGUUUUACAGCCAUCGAAGACAUAUGGCCCUGAACGCGAAGCCUAACCGGGCUCACUACGCUUUGGCGAAACUUGCACAAAAGAAUAAACAUUUCAUAACGCUGAGUCAGAAUGUGGAUGGAUUAUCGCAUCGAGCAGACCAUCCACCUGAACAACUACAUCUACUCCACGGCUCAUUAUUCGACCUUCGAUGUACCGGGUUCUACUGUAAUUAUUCUACAAAGAACGACUUUACGGAUCCACUUACUCCGGCACUCGCGAUACCAACACAAGGCGUACAUCCCGACCCGUCCAAGGACGACAAGACAGGCGAAGAAGCAACCAAGGUGUUAUACGAAGCAAUGAAGGCUUCACACAAGGAAGCAACUCCCACAGAGCUCGACAUAUCGGAUCCCCUCGUCCCACUACCGAGCCUUCAAGCCGAAGAUCUGCCCAAGUGUCCCGAGUGCGGAGGCCUGCUUCGACCCGGUGUUGUCUGGUUCGGUGAAGGAUUACCUUCUCAUACACUCCGUGAAAUUGAUGAUUGGAUAGCGGAGUCGCCUCAGAUAGAUUUGAUGCUGGUCAUAGGGACUAGUUCCAAGGUCUGGCCAGCUGCGGGAUACGUCGACUAUGCACGGGAAAAGGGCGCGCGAGUUGCGGUAGUCAAUAUGGAUCGAAACGAUGCUCCUGGAGGAGCUAAUGGGCUGGAGCCGGGGGAUUGGUUUUUCGAAGGGGACGCCAGUGAAAUCGUCCCGGAAAUUCUCAAGAGUGUGAUCGGGGAAGAGUAGCUUUGCGUUAAACGGUUUCUUGAUCUUCUUUUUGUGUAGGACUUUCGGUUUGAUAGCGUUUCAGGGCAGUAAUGUGGCAUUGCGAUUGGGUUGUUAUUCCUGUUAUUCUUAAUGCAGUUAGUGAAUUCAAUGCUCUUUUGAAUGGU